AUGGAAGAAUCUGACCCAUCUCUUUAUGCUUUGACCAAUUCAGGUUCAAUACCAAUACAACUUGGUAAUUUGACACAAUUGCAGACGUUAUUUCUUUAUGAUAAUUCGCUAACGGGUUCAAUCCCCUCUACAUUAGGCCAAAUGAAGAAUUUGCGGUAUCUGUUUCUUUAUUCAAACGAACUUGACGGUAACUGGAAAGCAAAUAAUAGUAACAAUAUAGACUCUCUCAUUCUUUAUUCAAAUGAACUUGAAGGUAACAUACCAACGGAAUUGGGGAAUUUGACAAAAUUACGGCAAUUAUAUCUCUCAUGGAAUUUACUCACAACUUCAAUUCCUCCUACUUUUGGUCGAUUGGAGAAGACAGACAUCCCGUCUACAAAGAACAUCCAUCACCAGGUUGUUGUCAAGGUAUUUCAUUACAUACGGCAGAUUUUGUAA